AUUAUCCAAUUUUGAAAAGAAUAGUACUCGUAAAAAGAAAAAUAGAAAGAAGAAAAAAGAGGUAGUCUGAAAAUAUCAGGAAUAGCAGUGAAUCGAGCGGCCGAACGAGCGAGAGAGAGAUCGGAGGAUGUCGUCGGAACCACCGCCAUUCCAAGAAGCUUCACGUUGUGAUAUCUGCAAUUGCAGCUUCAAUACUUUCCGGCGACGGCACCAUUGCAGAUGUUGUGGUCGAACAUUAUGUGCUGAACAUUCAGCAAAUCAGAUGGCCUUGCCACAAUUUGGUCUUCACUCAAGUGUUAGAGUUUGUGGAAAUUGUUUUAAUAACUCCUCUCGUAGACCCAUUGGAGAUGGCGUGAUAGCUUCUGCAAGUGAAGUCAAUGCCCUGAAAGAUUCAUUUUCAGCUUUAGAUGUCAGUGCCGUUGCAGAUAUCAAAACUGAAGACACUGUCAAGCAGACUCCUGCUGUAGGCAUUACAGACUGCAAAUGUGGUAUGCCUUUGUGUAUAUGUCAAGUGACAGCUGAACCAACAACAUCCAUCCCUUCACAGGGAAAUAUUAUGCCAAAUCCAAUCGUAAACAUAAAUCCAAAACCAAAGAAGGAAAAUAGAGUUCCAACAAAUAGAGCUUCGACAUCAGACAACAAGCAAGGUACAACUUUCAAUAUUGGUCCAGCUACCAGCUGCAAUAUGGAGACAAUGACAGCGGAUUAUGAAGUUAGUGGCGAGGGCUUAAGAGAAGCAAUAAAAAAUGGUGAUGUCCGUGCUGCAAAGAAGCUCCUAAGUCAGGGAGUUGAUGCAAAUUACCUUGACAAGCAAGGAUCAUCAUUGCUACAUCUGGCAGCGGUAUUUAAUCGAACAGAAAUAGCAUUUGCACUCAUGGAGAGUGGAUCAAGUUUGUGCUGCAAAAAUUCUCAAGGUGAAACACCACUGGAUUGUGCUCCUGCCACAUUGCAAUUCAAAAUGAAAAAGAAGAUGGAAGAGAGUUGGCAGUAUCGCUUCAUCUGAAAGUAACACUUCUCUAAAUCAGGCUACAAGGAUAUUACAGUUUCAGAGAAUGGUGAUCUAUAACCUAUGGUUUUGUCAUAUGUUUGUAUCCCCCUAGUAAACGGCUACAAGAGGAUGUCAGCAGUUUCAAAGAAGUGCUUAGGUCCUAUUAAUGUGUCAAAUUUGUAUCAGGUCAAGAUUUCCUAGUUUUCCGUUUCUUUUUCUUUUUUUCUUUUGCCUUCUCUCUAUGAGCAAUAAUGUAUUUCAAAAUGAAAAAAAAGUACUUGGAUAAAACACAGGCAUUGUGGUUAUUUCAUGAAUAAACACUUGGAUUUUAGUUUCAA